CCCAGACUGCUUUGUUGACAGCAGCCACUUCUUUUAUAAGAGCUGUUAAAAUAAAUAGUCUCCACGCUGCAGGUCGCGGGUGGAUUUGGAGCCACUGUGACUGCGGCAGGUGACGGACAAUCGAGAGGGAAAUGGCAGAAAACGAUGGUCAGCAUCUGACAAGUGUUAACGACGGUGAGGGCACGAUUGACCCCUAUGGCUUCGAGAGACACGAUGACUUUGAAUCCUACAAGAACAUGAUGAAUGAGUACGUAGCUGUCCUCAACAGAAGGUCCACGAGAUGGUCCAAGCUCCUUCAUGAGAAACCGCGUAUAGAGAAGAAUCUGACAGUGAAGAGGUACGUGCGUAAAGGUGUUCCUAACGAGCACCGGGCCAGGAUCUGGAUGGCAGCUAGCGGUGCCCAGGAGCAGCUGGAGAAAAGGCCGGGUUAUUACCAGUCGCUGCUGGCCAUGGAGCACGAUAGCAAGCUGAAAGAAACCAUCCACACAGAUAUGCACAGAACCUUUCCUGACAACGUCCUCUUCAAGAGCAAAGCAGAGCCGGGCCUGCAGGCGGUUCUGUACAACGUGCUGCUGGCCUAUGGUCACCACAAUAAAGCAGUGGGAUACUGUCAGGGCAUGAAUUUCAUAGCAGGCUACCUCAUUAUCAUCACCAAUGAUGAAGAGAAAUCCUUCUGGCUCAUGGACGCACUGCUGGGCAGAAUACUCCCAGACUACUACAGUCCGGCUAUGCUGGGCCUGAAGAUUGACCAGGAGGUUUUGGAGGAGCUGGUGAAAGUUAAAGCCCCUGCAGUAGGACAGCUAAUGGCCCAGUACCCCGGCAUAUGGACUCUGGUGGUGUCACGCUGGUUUAUCUGCCUUUAUAUUGACAUUCUCCCCAUUGAGACAGUUUUGCGGGUGUGGGAUUGUCUUUUCUAUGAAGGCUCCAAGGUUCUCUUCCGUGUUGCUUUGACUCUCAUCAUUCACCACCAGCCAGAGAUCCUGCGAGCGCGCUCUUUGCCCGAUGUGUGCGACUGCUUUAAGCAGAUUACCAGUGGAGCUUUCACUCUGGACUGCCACACCUUCAUGCAGAAAAUCUUUUCAGAACCUGGGAGACUUUCUAUGGCAACUAUUGAAAAACUCAGAAAGAAAUGCAAACAACAAAUCCUGGAUGAAGAAUCUGGACAACCGUAACAGUUCAUAUUGAAAGACCUCCCUAUUUACCACAAGGGCAUUGUUACUUUAAACGGACGGAUGGAUCUACUGCUGGAUACACUGCUUUUCCAGCUGAUUGAGUUUCUCAACUGAGUGUUUCUUUCUAGUGUUUUAUCAGGGGGCUUAUGUUCCUCCAAACAAUCUGCUACUAAAGAUACUUCAGGAUGACUGCACACUUUGUUAUAUUACAAGUAUUUAAAUGUCUCAGGACUGAUCUGUUUAUCACCAUGAGAAUUUAAAAAAAAAUUAUCAAAUCUUAAAUAGCAGGUUUAAAAAACUUCACAGCAGGGUGAACGGUCAUGUCGUAAUAAACUGUAUGUGAACGUU